AUGGAAGUGAAGGGACAUAGCUCAUGGGGAGGAUUAAAAAGGUUCAGUCAACUCCUCUCGGUGCAGAGAAUGUUUGUCUUUAACUUGGCGCAGUCAAUCCGGUCAGACACAAGCUUUGUCAUGUUGACCCAACAAGAGCAAGAGUUUUAUUCAAGAAUGAAUGCGCCACUUUUGGACUCUAAUAUCGUCCACAAGAACAAUCACUUUACUGUGUACUUGAACAAAGAUUGCUGCGAGUUAAUUGUGAAAGGGAGUGACCAGUGCUUUAUAACACCACAAGAGAUGUUAGAAAGUAUUUCACGACUAACAAGUGGCACACCUAUGUUUCCAACAAUCAUAAUGGGAAAGGGGCAUACUGAAACUGACACGACAUUGAACACUAUGAUCACGCCGUUGUUUGGCCAGACGCAAAAAGUAGUGAAAGUCUGGUCGGCGUCCAGAAUUAUUGAAGGAAAUGUUCUCUAUACGGUCAAGUCUAUUGAUAGCGAUAAUGCAGAUCUUUGCGUCGUUUUACUUGCACAAAACAUUAAUAUUACAUUAGAUGGGCGAGUCAUGUCAGAGUUUUAUUACCACUUCAGAUGUGUCGACUUUUUGAAAAUGACGGAGAAGGAAAGGAACACGACAAUAUCUGUUUUCAUUGUUGCUGUUAUCAUCGAGCGCAUUGUAAUACAAAAUAACAUCACAUUCACUGGGUGGAGAUCUUGUGGUAAUUAUAAUGAACUUGUACAAGAGAUGUUUCUCUAUUCAGUUCUUUUAAAUUCUAAAACUAAGAAUUGUCGCAUUAAUACAAUAGUCCCAUUAAUCCCUCGCUAUAGUAACCCGUCCAUUUUCAAAUUUUUAAAAUGUCCAAUCAACUCUUUACAAAAGGUAAUGACAAUGCUCUCUAUUAAUGAUUUGUUUAAUGUGAUGAAAACAUGUAAAACACUGAGAGGGUUAGUUCUGGGAUAUGACGCAGUGUGGAAAGUGAUGUACGAUUUACACUUCAACCCAGCGACAUUUCAAAUAUUCAAUACACGCCAUACAAGAGUUCAAGAAAAUAAAACUGACGCAUUUCCCACAUUCCAGAAGUCUCUCAUUGUCUUUCAAAAAUGGAAGAAAAAUUUACCGACGAAAAGGAAGUUAUUCAAACUCUUUGAAAAUCAUUCAGUGGAUCUAAUUGUGAAAUUGGAAAGUUCCGAUUUUGUGUUUGCGUCUAAAGAUGGCGUGUUUAAGUUCUUCGACUCAAAAUCAAGGUGCACAAAAACACGAAUCCUGAAAGAAAAGAUCAACAAGUUCCAAUACAAUUACGCUUCUAAUGACAUUUUAUUGGCACUUGAAAAUGACAACAUCGUCCUCUAUGACACAACAAAGGAAGUCAUUAAGAAAUGCCCAGAAAACAAUAUCAAGAUGUUUUCAUUUUUACAAGACAACUCGCGAAUGCUCUGUUACGACAAUAAAACCGUUUUUGUGAAGAACAUUUACGACGGGGAAGUCGUGUGGUCGCAGACAACUAACAACUCGUUUGUUGAUGGGAGACAAGUCGAGCCAAAUUUCUUUUUAAUCCACAACAGAGACUCUUUCUGUGGGUUUGACAUACGACAGAGUGGGCAAUGCAUGAAAAUUGAAUUUCAAAAUUCCGUUAUCGACUGUUUUGAUGGGUAUGAUAAUUCAAUUGUGGUUGGGUUUGACUCUGGAAAUGUAUUACUCUACGAUUAUAGACAAAUGGCUGUUCUUCAAAAAAGAAGGGUUGCAGUGACUCCAGUACAGCUUAUAAAGGUUUAUAAUCGAAAGAUGUGUGUCGGGAAUAAAUCCGGGACACUCUUUUAUCUUCAUUGUGAGAAUAAGUGGUUUGGAGAAUGUAAGAUACUUUACACACAUAAAUCUCCAGUCACUGUCGUUGAAAUGUCAGACACUUUACUUGCUUCUGGGUCGGCUUCUGGUGAAUUUAUGUAUAGCAACUACGGAAUUAAUUAA